GAGGAGGCAGCAGCAGCAGCAGCAGCUCCUUCUCCUGCCGAGCAUUUGAUCACAGAGAGGAAGCCAAGGAGGAAUAAGAGCAGCAGCGUCUCAAAGUCUGUGAAGAAAAGCAACAAAAAAAAGGAAACAAUAAGAAAAAGCUGAAGAUGCUGUCUCUCUGCUGGCUGGUUCUGAUGGGAUGCAUGUGCGCUACCACUUCCUCAAAUGAUCCAAACAGGAAAAACAGGAUAUUGGACUGCGUACAUCCCUGUAUGUCUGGCAUGUCAGAAACCCCUGACCUUAGUGGGUUGGCCCCUCCACUCAAGAAUGACGAUGAUGCUGAGCUCUUACUCAGCAUUUUUCUGGCCACUCUGGCGUCUCAGGACAAAGCAUCGGAUUCCGAUCUGAACCGCCGCUCGUACGCCAUGGAGCAUUUCCGCUGGGGGAAACCCACAGGGCGCAAACGGAGGCCCGUCAAAGCUUUUGCCUCCUCUCUGGAAGAAGGGGGCUCCUCUGAGAGGAGCUUCCCCUUUCGGGUUCGCAGACACCUGAGUAGUGACAAAAAUGAAGCAAAGGGGACGCUGCAUGAAGGAAGUCAUCAAAACCUCGGUUUGCUGGUGUCCAGAUUCCCCACCAGAACCGAUGCACUGCAGGAUAAAAAAGAAGGGACCUACAGGAUGAGUCAUUUCAGAUGGGGGAGCCCACGUACAUCCAAACGGAAUGGCAGCAUUAGGAAGCUGUGGGAGGAAACCUCUGAGGAGAAACCAGCCACGCUCCUCAAAAACAUUAUCUUCAUGAAAGAUGUGCAAAGAAAAAUGGACUGAUCAUCACUACAGGAGUCUUUGCAUGUUGCUUCCCGUCUUUAUUUAAACUGCAGAGCUACCUUUAGCAUGGUGUUGAAUGUAUAGUAAUGUGAGUCAAAUGUUUCAUUAAAUAAAUGUAUUUUCUGUAAACCAACUCAUGAAUGGAUGUAAAUAUUGUGAGUUUGUAAAUGUUUCUUCAAUUUAUCCACAGCAACCUUUUUUUUUUUACUCAAAUAUUAAAUGUUAUGCUUUCUGCACAUGAAAAUA